UAGUAGCGCCUGAGACGAGAUCGCAAUAUCAACACAUCGAGAGCUUUUGUUCUAUAUUUGUACAAAACAGAGCAAAAUGCCCAAAGUAAAGAGGAGUCGGAAGCCGCCUCCAGACGGCUGGGAGCUUAUUGAGCCCACUUUGGACGAGCUGGAUCAGAAAAUGAGAGAAGCUGAAACAGAGCCUCACGAGGGGAAACGAAAGGUGGAGUCCCUUUGGCCAAUUUUCAGGCUGCAUCAUCAGCGGAGUCGAUACAUCUAUGACCUCUUCUACAAAAGGAAAGCUAUCAGCAGAGAGCUGUAUGAGUACUGUAUAAAGGAAGGCUAUGCAGACAAGAACCUGAUUGCCAAGUGGAAGAAGCAGGGCUACGAGAACCUGUGCUGUCUGCGUUGCAUCCAAACACGAGACACCAACUUUGGAACCAACUGCAUCUGCAGAGUCCCCAAGAGCAAGCUGGAAGUUGGAAGGAUCAUUGAAUGCACCCACUGUGGAUGCAGAGGAUGUUCUGGCUAAGUGCAGUUUUUGGACAUCCAUUUUAUUUUCCAUUGGGCAUCAGGGCUCACCCAGCCUCCAUCUGUGCAUUCUCAAAGCCCCGAAGCAACAUCGCCUUUAUUUCAGUCGCCUGCAUCAGAAACUGAUAACUUCACCAUCAUCUUCAGUUGUGCCCUUAAGGGGUUAGCAUUUGACUCUUCUACUUGUGAACACAGCGGAGCAAAGGUGAAGACACCUAGAGGGGCCAUAUUGUACUACUUAAAUUUUUUUCUGAAUUUUUUUUGUACCUAACUAAAGCCCUCGACUUGAGGUCAGCUGUUUCUGCAUCAGGCCUGUCAUUCCAGCUAAGUCAUACCCACUGUGAAGGUCAUGUUAAGUUCUGAUGUGUUUCAUUUACAAAGGGCUGGGAGGGAAGUUUUGUUUUGUUUUGAAAUGUCAUUAUUUUAAACCUUAAAACUUUUUCUUCAUUGUUCUUGUAGUGUAAUUUUAAAUAAAACGAUUCUGAUUUAC